AUGGAUUAAAAAUAAAAGAUGUAACAUCUUAUGAACAAUUUCAUGAAAAAGGAAUAAACAAAGCAAAGUUAAGUUACAGUGAAAUUGUAUCUAAAUAAUGAAUUUUCUUAACAGAUAUAAUUUCCCACAGGAAAUUAGAGUGGGAAUCAAUUAGUUAGUUACUUGAAAAACCUAUUAAAUUAGAAUUAAAUUGUAGGAUUUCAAAGUUUAGACAACAAUAUUCAUUUAGAUUAUUAUUUAACAACAAAUAAAGAGUUAGGAUUAUUGAACAAUUAAACUCUAUCUUUAAAACCUUUGUAUGGGAUAUAUUAGAAUUAAAUUAGCUUAGAUUCAUUUUAUUUUUUAUAAUGUAUUGGUAUAGGUGGAUUCAGUAGAGUUUAUUUAGUUAGAUAUAAGUUUAACGGUUAAUUUAUGGCUUUGAAGAUGAUUUCAAAAUAAUUUAUUGAAUAAAAUGAUAAAUUUUAGAUUGUAUAAAAUGAAAGAGAUAUUAUGGUACACUUAGCAAAUAAUAAUAAUACACAUCCUAAUCUAUGUAAAUUAUUAUGUGCUUUUGAAACUAAAAAUUGGGUAUGUUUUGCAAUAGAAUAUUGUCCUGGUGGUGAAUUAUUUUAGUAAUUAAAGAGAGUAAAAAAGAUGGAUGAAUAAUAAGCAAAGUUUUAUUUUAGUUAGGUUUGUAUAGCAAUUCAUCAUUUACAUGAAAACAAGAUUAUUUAUAGAGAUAUCAAGCCUGAAAAUAUAUUAAUAGAUUUAGAAGGUCAUAUAAAAUUAGCUGAUUUUGGAUUAGCAAAGCCUAAUGCAUAAGAUGAUAAAAUGGCAUAUUCAUUUUGUGGAUCUCCAGAAUAUAUGGCUCCAGAAAUGCUUUUAAAAUUAGGACAUAAUUAUUAGAUUGAUCAUUAUUGUUUAGGUGCACUCUUAUAUGAAUUGUUAACUGGAUUACCUCCAUACUAUUCUAGUAAUCCAGAAUAAAUAUAUUAAAAUAUUUUAUAACAUGAUUUACCUUUAUCUAAAUAAAAUUUGAGUACAGAUGCAAAAGAUUUGAUAUCUAAAUUAUUAUAAAAAGAUAUAUAAAAUAGGUUAGGAAAAUCUUAUGGAAUCUAUGAAAUACUAAAACACCCAUGGUUAUAAGAAUUUAAUUUAUAUAAAUUAAUUAAUAGAUCUUAUGAUCCUCCAUUUAAACCAGAUUUAUUUAAAAUUAAUUUUGAUCAAAAAGAAAUUGUUAAUGGAGAGAAUUAAUUUCAAAAAGAAUUGUAAAAAUCAAUUAACUCAGAAUCAGAAACUGUUUUUAUACCAUUCUUUCAUAAUUUUUAUUAUUCUACUUUUUCUUUUAAAUAACCUUAACGAUCCUCAUCUAUUACAUAAAUUAAUAUCUCGAAUGUUGAUGAUAAAUUUACUAAUAUUCUUUUGAAUACAACUAAAUCUAAGUAAAUUUCAUAAGCUCAUUCAUCAUCUAGUUAAUCUUAGUUAAAAAAAAAAAAAUAAAUAUAAAAUGAUUUAGAGAAUAAAGAAAAUUUGAUAAAGAAUAAUUCUUAGAUGGUUAUAAAAGUUGGUACAAAACAUAAAAAAAAUAAUUAAAGUAUGCCUGAUAAUGUUUUAAAUGUUUAAUAAAAUGAAUUGAGAUCAUAUUCAUCUUAAAAAGUUAAUGAAUAAUUAUAAAAACUAGCAAAUAAUUAUUAAACUAACCAAUUUAAAUAACCAUCAAUUGAAAAUGAUGAAUAAAAGUAAUAAAAAUUAUAAUUUGGUGAAAAUAAAAUGUUUAAUAAAAAUUAGCCUAAUUAAUGUUCUCUUAUUAGAUAUUUUAAAUAAUGA